AUGUCGGGCAACAUCAUCCUGGUUCACCCCUGCUUGAAGGCGUCCAGUAGUGUUAUGGCGUUAUUCUUCUGUAAGUUUCGGCAUUGUAUCGUCAACCUCUCUGAAAAAACUGCGUUCACUGUUUUGAGCAUGACUUCUGACGAUAGUUUUAAGGUGUGUAAUACGACGGGAACACUUGAGAUACAGUUUGUCAAGUACUCCAGACCAACAGACUUCGGAUGUGAGGGUCUCACUAUAGAGUGUAAUCCAAAGUUCAAGAUCUGUUUUAAACAUUUAAAGCCAUCUGGAUGGAACAUAAACGGCUGCAAGACUUCCAAACUAUUCAGGAACACGAUGGAACUUACCUUUGGAAUGGACAUCAAUGGAAUACACAAUCCUGUUAAAUUACCACUUACGUCAUCAUUGCCGUUAGGUGCAGCAGUGACUGUUAAGGUGACUCAAGAUCCUACUUUUGGAUUGGGAGGAUCAGGAAUCACCCUGGGACAGUACACACUAACUCUCCGAGGUAAAGGAAGUCAGACAGGAAGCCUGUACACUCUUACUGAUGAGAGUCAUGAACACUCCACAUUGACCGUGAAAAUGAAGCUGGUGUGUAGUCAGGACUAUUAUGGAAGACAUUGUCACGUCCACUGUCCAGCACCACGACCUGCUGACCACUACACCUGUAAUAAAACCACCGGACACAAGCAGUGCAAAACAGGGACGUGCUCGGUUCAAGGUACAAAGUAUUCUUGUCUAUGCCCUACUGGCUACAGCGGUACUAGAUGUGAAACAACGCCAUGCACAAAUAAUCAUAACUGUAAGAAUGGAGGAACAUGUGUGAGUAAAGGUCCAGUCUACACUUGUCAUUGUCCUACUGGCUACAGCGGUUCUACAUGUCAAACAACACAAACACCAUGUAGCAGUAAUCCAUGUUUUAACAAAGGAACUUGUUCCUAUCGUGGUACCAGUUAUUCUUGUCAAUGUCACUCUGGCUACAUCGGUACUAGAUGUGAAACAGAACUAUGUUCCUACAACAAUUGUAAGAAUGGUGGGACAUGUAUAGAUAGAGGUUCAAGCUACACUUGCCAAUGCCCUGCUGGCUAUAGCGGUGCUGGGUGUGAACUAACACCCUGCUCAUAUAGUAACUGUAACAAUGGACGAGUAUGUGUGAUUAAAGACUCAAGCUACACUUGCCAAUGCCCUGUUGGUUACACGGGUGCUAAAUGUGAAACACCGUGUACGAAUUGUGAAACACCAUGUUCACAUAAUAACUGCAGGAAUGGAGGGACGUGUAGAGUACGAGGUUCCAGCUACGUGUGCCAGUGUCCACUUGGAUCUACUGGGAUGUUCUGUGAGGUUACUGCGUGUUCUCACAGACCAUGCCAGAACAACGGAGCGUGUUACACCUUCAGGGGAAUAUACAUCUGUAACUGCGCACCUGGUUAUUCGGGUGUUCAUUGUGAAAUAACGCCAUGCACGAGCAAUCCUUGCCAGAACAGUGGAACAUGUAUAACUGAUGGAACAAGUUACACCUGUUCGUGUAGAUCAGAGUAUACUGGAGAGCACUGUCAACUCAGUGUUGAGGAGUGCAGAGGAUCAACGUGUUUCAAUAGGGGUAACAGACGACAGGAAACAGUUCUUCGGUCUCUGCUGUCUACAUCUUCUGCUGGGAACCCCGACACAACAAGAAAAACAACGAAAUAUCAGGAGCCAUAACGUAACUGAAGUGUCACGAGUAUCAUGAUGUCACUGGAAUAUCGCGUUGAUAUAAUAUAAUAUAUAAUGUCAAAUAAUAUAAUAUAUAAGAUAUAAUAUUAUCAAAAUGCUGGUAGCCAUGGUAACGGUAAGACGUUGAGAGUCAUGAUGUUAUUGAGUAUCAGUAUAACAAUAUUCAGUACGUAAGCGUUCUGUCGCUGGAAUAUUGGGAGCCACAAUUUUAAUCAUUUAUAAUAUUACAAGCCCUUAUAAUAACAUAUUAGAAGUCGUUACUGGUCCUCAAUAAUUCAAUUGUUACGGUUAACUAGUCACCGUUACAGAUUAAUAAUAACGGAAAACACGCUUGUUGACUUUUGUAAAUGUUUUUCAUGUUAAAAUUUAAUAUUAAUGCCAACUAUUUUAUCCUCUCAAUUUGGUGUUUCAAUGAAUGUUAUUCUGAUACAUGUGUGAUAAAUAAAUCAA